CCAAAACAAUUCCUCUGUUGUUGACGUGUCAGUGCUUUUAUUCAGCAACUUAUUGCGCUGAGGCUCCUAUUCAAGGAAUACUUUGACGCUUUUUACGUCUUUUAGUUUGUCAAAGUGUUCCAAGAUGAUGUUUCUAACGCUCUGUUCGAGCUGGUAAAUGUUAUAGAGACGCUGAUUACUGUUACCAACCAGCAUCUGGUGUUAGCUAGCAGCCUGUAGAUUCCAGGUGGUGGCCACACCAGGGCGACGGUUGUAGUUUCAGUCCGUUUAAAACACAUUAAAUUUAGCACACCUGUGACUCAGAGAGAUGCCGCCCAACAAACGGAUCCACAAGAAAACACUGAAGUUGGAGUGUGAAUGGAGUUCGUGUCAGGAGUCGUUCAGUCGGAUGGAGAACUUCUGCAAGCACGCGGAGGGUCACCUUACUGCCGUGAACAUGGCGGAGGAGGAUGAAGAAGAAAUAGAAGGGGAGAGAAACUGUCUUUGGAGAGACUGUGGCUUCUGUUCUGUAGAGGGGCCUGAGGAGUUGCGAAGACAUCUGUUCUUUCACUGUUACCAUACUAAGUUGAAGCAAUUGGGUCAGCAGGUGCUUAACGCCCAGCCAGAAAUGGGCACCUGCUCCAUCGGCUACCACAACCGCAACAGCAUCCCUGAAAUCCCAGACAAUUUUAUCUGCCUUUGGGAGGACUGUGAGCAACCACCAUAUGAAAACCCAGAGUGGUUCUAUCGCCAUGUGGAGAUGCAUGGCCUGUGCAUGGAUAUACCAGCAGGAGACUGUGAAUUCCCAGUACGCUGUGGAUGGAAAGAUUGCGAAGCCACUGCUAAAGGGCGUCCAAAGCUGCGAGAGCACCUGCGGAGCCACACCCAGGAGAAGGUUGUAGCAUGUCCAGGAUGUGGGGGGAUGUACGCUAACAACACCAAGUUCUUUGACCACAUCAUAAGACAGAACGCCAUGGAAGGUCAGAGGUUCCAGUGUUCCCACUGUUCCAAACGUUUUGCAACAGAAAGACUACUGAGAGACCACAUGAGAACCCACGUGAGCCACUACAAAUGCCCGCUGUGUGACAUGACUUGUCCAUCGCCGUCUUCACUGCGCAACCAUGUUAAGUUCCGCCACAGUAACGAGAAGCCAUACAGCUGUGAAUACUGCGAAUACAGGUGUAAGAAUCUGGUGGAUUUGCGCAAACACCUGGAUAGCCACAGCAGCGAGCCAGCAUUCCACUGCGACGUUCCCGGCUGCGACUUCACCUCUCGUACCCUUGUCACCAUGAAGAUUCACCACAAAAGGGAGCACGAGGGGAAUUUCGUAGCUCGUUACAAGUGCCAUGUGUGCGAUCAGUGCUUCACCAGGGGCAACAACCUAACUGUCCACCUGCACAAAAAGCACCAGUUCAAAUGGCCAUCUGGACACCCCAGGUUCAGGUACAAGGAGCAUGAGGACGGCUUCUUGCGGCUGCAGCUGAUUCGCUACGAGAGCGUGGAACUGACAGAGCAGCUAAUGAGGGAAAGACAAAAUAGGCAAGCAGACGAGGAUGAGGAUGGCGGCCAGGCUGAGGGUCAGGAGCUGGAGGAAGAGUCCCCGGGCGCACCUCCUUCGGAGCUGCAGGUUGAACUGAGAGGGGUGCUGCUGGAGGAGGAGAGGACUGAGGAGCCAUCUAUCAACGCUGAGGAGGGAAGUCAGGAAGACGGCAUGUUGUACGUUCUCACUGGAGGCUUGUCAUGAACAGGAGGACUCUGUCAUGCAGCAGCUCCAGGAUACUGCUCAGCAGCAAGGAAGGCAGGUGGUUUGACUGCCACAACAGUCUGUCUACAUAGCACACAUGACAGGACAUUCUGUAAUCAGCUGUGCUGUUUCAGAUACAUGGCAAACAUAUGAAGCAUCUUAAGCGCUUAAAAGAAGUUAAUACAUCUAACUGAAGGUAUGUGUACUCCAUGAUGUUGAGCCUAUAUUAGGUAAUAACCCUGUUUUAAUGUGCUUUGUUUACUAAUGUUGAUCUUGUGGACAACCUAUGUGACAGUAUUUUUAGAUUAUUUUAAAUGAAGUCAUUGUUUCUCAUACUCUAACAUCCUCAGUCUGUUGAAUGGAUACUAAUGCUGCGCUGCCUAGUGUGUGGUCAUUCUCUUUUAGUUCAGAAACACAUCAGCAUGAUGCCAUCAGAAUGGUUAAUGUUCAGCAAAGUGUGUGGCAUUCAGCAAAGAGGACCCUACCUCAUCACGAAUAAAGUGUGUAUUUUUUGAUGCUUGAAUAAACU